CUUUCCCAUCACUUUGCAUUGAUCGACCUAUUGUCCAAAAUCAAUCUGUGGUCCAAAAAAAAGUGUUUUUAAUAAACAUAGAGCUACCAUAAUGGCGGACCGAUUCCCUUCACUGGAGGACUUCUCCGCCGGGCAAACCGAAGCUAUCGAAACGAACGGCACAGAGGAGAGCGACUUCCUGGCUCGCGAACGGGCUGCACUAGGGGACGAUGCUGAUCAGUUUGCCACGGCACAGGAUCAUGUUGCAGAUGUUAUGGACAACGAGCUAUUAGGGGGUGCGGAGGAGAUCCAGGCCGGUGCUAUCCCGGAGAUCUCGGGAUUCGAGUCCUCAUUCCCAGCCAUAGAUACACAGAAUGAGCAAGUUGCUCCUGGCGGAACCAUCACUGGAUCAGGCGCACCCUUCCCGCCAACUGGCUAUUCCCCCUACCAGGCGCCCGAAGAAGAAUCAGAGCCCGUUAGGGAAUGGCGUCAGAAGCGAGAUGCGGACAUCGCCCGUCGUGCAGAGAUCUCAAAUGAGAAAAAGGAGUCCACUAUCAAGAAAUCCCAGGAGGACGUUGAUGACUUCUACGUUUCUUACAACAAUAAGACCGACAAGCUUCGUGCUCAAACCCGAGCUGAAGCUGAGCAAUUCCUUGCAAACCGUGAGGAUACAUCGUCUGGAGGCACGAGCUGGGAACGUAUCGCAAAGCUGGUUGAUGUGUCCGGAAAGGGUACAAAGGGCGGCGCUACUGGAUCCGGCAAGGAACGUUUCAGAGAGAUACUGCUUGAUCUGAAGAAGGACCAGAGCGCCCCCGGCGUCAGUGGAAUCUAGACGGUUUUACAUUGUUCCCAGGUGGCAAUCCGGCUUUCUUACAUAUAAUUUUACACACACGGUUCUUUGUCUCACGUUAUGGCUGUGCUAUUUUACCCUGUUUCCCUUUUUUUUUUUUUACACCCAU